AUAAUAUCUCCAACAACUGAAUCUUCUUGUCAGGAAAAAAAAAGUAAAUAAAUUCUGUUUUUUUAUGCGUUAAGUGAAAUUAAAAAAAUUACAUUGGUAUUUAAUAUUAUCAAUUUGGUAUUUAAUUUUAGCUAUCCUUUGGUAUGAAGCGGUCCUCUUUGUUCAAUUGGACGGUGGACUUGCUACUGUUGUCGGCAUAUUAGGCUGAAAAUACUUUUCCUUACGUAUUAUUUUAAUAUUAACGGAAUUUACUAGUUCAAAUACUACUUAUUUAAUUUUUUUUAAAAAUAUUUUGGUAUAGCCGCUGCAGGGUCGAUUCAGCUUUAUAUAAACAAACUCCAUUUCUGGCCAUUUUCUAAUGUUUAAGUCAGUAGUCCACCAGAGGAAGUGUGGUUCAUGAUUCCCUUCAUUUCUCUGAAAAUCGAGCUACUCUCGAUCAACCCUUUCUGGGUUCUUCUUCCAAAUUAAUCCUUCUCUCUCUUUUCUUUCUUUGCUUUCCUUUUUUUUUCCCCCCCCUAAUUAUAAAUAUAUAUAAAUUCUGGCUUGAUUAAUCUUUGUUGUGUAAAGUAAAAGAUCAGGAAAAAAAAAAAAAGUAACACAAAAAGAAACGUGGGAAUUUGUGAUCAUCUCAAUAUCUCAUGAAUGAGAUUUGAAAGAAAUCCAUUUUAAUGGUGUUUGUUUUCAUGUUUCAGAAAAAUAUCAAAUUUUUUUUUCCAGUUCAAGGCUCUAUAGCUAGCUAUAUUACUUUAAUUUCCUGUAAUUGUAUAAUACUUGUCUGAUGUUUAUACAUCUUUGAUUCUCUAAACUUAUGUGUAAAUUCUUGGAAUCUUCCUUUUGGUACCAAAAUUUGUUCGAUAUCUAGUCUACAUAAUUAGAUUAUACAGAAGUGAAAUCAAGAAAAGAAAGGUUUCUUCUUCAUCCGGGCUUUUACAUUGAUCCAAUCAAUAUUUUUUUUCCAGUUUGAGAUCAUAAAAGUUCAUUCAUUGUAGAGUAAUUCUCUCCAAUCAAGUCUCAUCAAUGGAUGCAGCAAUCAUGUUUCAUUCUUCAUCAUCACCAGACCAACAACCAAUCUCUCCUUACAAAACAACCCACAAAAAAGGAGCUGCUUCUUCAGGCAACAACAACGGUGGUAAUCUUCGCCGCCUUUCCUCCAUCUCAAGACCUUCUGAAAACUUCAUUCCUCCAUUAAACUUCCAUAACUCCUCCAACCCUUCUACAGGUCUUUUACCUCCUCCCACCACCCCCACUCAUCAGCUUCUUCUACCUACUUUUCAUAAUUCAUAUCCUCCAUUUUCAAUCCAAAAAAGACAACCACCUCUUCUUCCCCUUCCCAUUUCUCCUACAAAACCAAACUUACCAACCCAGAGAAUCCAGAGGGGCCUUUCUUUGCCUCUUCCUUCCACCACCACCAAUAACAGAAAAGCCCACCACAACAACAAAGUUCACAUCACACCCCCCAAGAAAUCUAAGUCCAUCAUUACUCAUAAACGUCCUUCUGGGCCUGACCCAAAGGAUCUUCCUAAGGAUAUUGUUCCAAAGACGUUUACUUUCUUAUCAUCAGGUGGUGGUAAUCAUGGGCUUCUGGAGCUGAAGCUGGUUGACGAGUUUUCAGGGUCAGUGGCUUUCAGUACUAUUUCUCCUCCCCCAAGCAGCUUGCCUUUGCCCACGUUUUCAUUGAGGCCUAAGCUCAGCUGCAACGCCGCAGCCGCCGCCGCAGCCGGUGGUGGUGGUGGAGCAAUCGAUGCCGGAGCAACGGACAAUCUGUGCCGACUCCUCCGUCUUCGGUGAAGGGAUCGAAGCUCUAGCUACUGUUGCAUUAGUUUACUUUUGUUAUUUUUGGUUCUAUACCAAUAUAAUUAUUAUUAGUAUUGGUUAUUGGUAAGUAUAUGCUUUAAAUAUACUCUAAAAAUAAUUGAAAGGUUAAAAAAACCAAAGGGGCUGUUAUUGCUCUUAUGGUUUUAUAUAGUGUUUUAUGUUAAUGUUGUAAUCUGAUGCUUCCCCGCAUGUUUUUGAAAGAAUGGGGAGCAGAAGAUGUAGUAGAAGAAAAUAUAGAGAUUGCUUGUUUUCAUUUUUUUUCCCCUUCUUGUUUUAGUUAGUUUUGUUUAAUUUGUAAUAUUGAGAAGGACUUAUUGCAAAAAUAAUUAAGAUUUCUUAGUCAUUUUGAACUAGGAUUAGUAUAGUGUUGAGCACAUAGCAAUUUAGUAAUCCAUUUAAUCUUCAAAAUUC